UUUUACAAACAAUAGCUUUUUUUUUUUUAGGAAAGUGUAAUCUAUUAAAUGUUAAAUACUAAUAAUGAAAUACCUAAUAUUUGUCAUAACUAAAUAGUAAGUGUUAAUCUUUGUUCUUUUAUUUAUCUUUAUUGUUAUUUGUUCUUAAGGUUUUUAGUGUUUUUGGUUAAUUACUCCAUUUAAGUCCAUUAAUUAUUCUCAUCCUAAACAGGUUAAGUGUCCAAACACACAGAAAAAGUGAGAUCCACACGACUCACUAUUAUUAAGAUGGUGUUUUUUAAAGAGGAGAGUGAAGAUGUGAAGAUUGAAGAAUCAUUCAGAGUCAAACAUGAAGAUACAGAGGAACAAACAAAGAUGGAGUUUAUUAAAGAGGAGAGAGAAGACGUGAAGAUUGAAGAAACAUUCAGAGUCAAACAUGAAGAUACAGAGGAACAAACAAAGAUGGAGUUUAUUAAAGAGGAGAGAGAAGACGUGAAGAUUGAAGAAACAUUCAGAGUCAAACAUGAAGAUACUGAGACACACACUGUUAUAAAGAUGGAGUUUAUUAAAGAGGAGAGAGAAGACGUGAAGAUUGAAGAAACAUUCAGAGUCAAACAUGAAGAUACUGAGACACACACUGUUAUAAAGAUGGAGUUUAUUAAAGAGGAGAAUGAAGACAUGAAGAUCGAAGAAACAUUCAGAGUCAAACAUGAAGAUACCGAGGAACAAACAGACCUGAUAGUGCUGAAUGAGGAGAGUCAAGAACCGAUUGAAAUGGAAGAGAGAGAUCAAUAUAAGAAUCAACAUGAUUAUAUAACUGGAGAAACAUCUUUGAGUUGCUCACAGACUGAAAUAAGUUCAAGAAAAAUGGAUCAAAAGACCAGAAGUAGUAGUUAUUUCACUUGCCAACAGUGUGGAAAGUGUUUAAGUAAAAAAGAAGGUAUUAAAAGACACAUGAGAAUUCACACAGGAGAGAAGCCUUAUGCCUGCCAUCAGUGUGGAAAACAUUUCAGUAAAAAAGAAGGUAUUAAAACACACAUGAGAGUUCACACAGGAGAGAAGCCCUAUGCCUGCCAUCAUUGUGGAAAGUGUUUCAGUCAAAAAGUAACUCUUAAAAGCCACAUUAGAAUUCACACUGGAGAGAGGCCAUUCAUAUGCCCUCAGUGUGGAAAGAGUUUCACUCAUUCUGGAAACCUUGGAGACCACAUGAGUGUUCACACUGGAGAGAAGCCUUAUUCCUGCCAACAGUGUGGAAAAAGUUUCAACCGGAAAAGUAGUCUUAAUUGCCAUAUGACAGUUCACAGUAGAGUGAGUCUUUUCACCUGCCAACAGUGUGGUAUAAGUUUCAGUCAAAAAGGAAGCUUUAACCAACACAUGAGUAUUCACAAUAGAGAGCAGCCUUAUACCUGCCAACAGUGUGGAAAUAGUUUUCAACAACAUGAAAAUCUUGAAGUCCAUUUGAGAACUCAUAGAGAGGAACCCUACAUAUGCCCUCUGUGUGGAAAGAGUCUCAGUCAAAAACAACACUUUGAAAACCACAUGAGAAUUCACUCUGGAGAUCAACCCUACACAUGCACUCAGUGCGGAAAGAGUUUCAAUUACAAACGACACUUUGAAGACCACAUAAGAACUCACACUGGAGAGAAGCCUUUCAUCUGCCAACAAUGUGGAAAAUGUUUCAAUAUGAAGGGAAGCCUUAAUAGGCACAUGAGACUUCACACUGGAGAGAAGCCAUUUACAUGUGGUCACUGCGGAAAGAGUUUCAAAAAUAAAGCAGCACUUAAGUACCACAUGAGUUUUCACAAAUAAGAGAACAGUUUUAUGUAAUCUGUCGAAUUGUGGAAAUUUUCACAGACAGGAAACAUUGUUAAGAAUCAUGUUAUAACACCAGAGAGAAGGCUGAAUCGGAUCAGAAAUAAACAGUCUUUGAAUGACCUUCGCUUUUCCCACUUUCAACCACUCUGUCCCCAUUUUUUUCAUGGGGGGUGGGGAUCAAUGGGCAGGUAAAUGCAUUUUUUUUCUGAUCUUUUGGUCAAAUGGAUUAACACAUUCACACAAUUUACAGAUAAAUGUGAAAUGAGACAAUGAAAAACAUAAGGAGAGCAACAGCUUUCUACAAAACAUCACCUAAUGCUGUGGAUGCAUGUUAGAAGUGGGGAUUGGUGGAGAAUAUCAUGCUUUGUACAUUUUUCAUCUUCAAACUGAAAUUAAAACUUCAGCUGGCAAAGUUUACAUCCCAUCUGGUAAGAUGCUUGCCAUUGUGUUUAUGCGUUAGAUCUGUGGGUGAAGAGUAGGCAGUAUUUUGAGGCUGUUUGAAUACAUUGAUCAACUCGCAUGUGUCAGUGUUUUUACGAAUAGAUUAAAUGAAACGGGACCAAUUUAAUCUUGACAAUCUAUGUAUCAUUAUAAAGAUCUAAGCCUCAAGCAUCGACGAAAGUUUGCUGUUUUUCAAUGGAAAGCUUAUAAAGACUGUAUUUGCUACAUUUGUGUAAGCAGUACACAUAAAAACAUGAACAUUAGAAAUGCUGUACA